AGUUUAUUCUGAGAUAACUCUUCAAGCUUCAAAGAGUGGGUUCUAUGUGCUCCGAAAAUUCUGAUCCAGCCUAUGCUCGAAGGCAUCAAUCAAGCCAUAUAUUCUACGAUCUCGCUCAUCUAAGGCCGAUUACACCGGACUCCGAUCACCGUCGCCGGACUAUGCCGGAGCAAGUGAGUUUCAAAAAAUUUAAGCUGAAGUCAUAGAAAACCUUUCUUCUUCCGCUUAGCAAUUAUACUUUUUUUACUUUCUCCACAUACUGUUCUUCCCAUUUUUUUCUGCAAUUCAUGGUACUUGCUACUGUUUAUCUCUGCUACAGAUCUCAAUCAAGUGAGCUAAGAUAGGUAAACAUAACAACUUUUGCUUAUAAAUUUAUUGAAGCCUUUGCUCAAUUAGUCAUUCCCCGGAGGCUUUGCCAGAGUCCAUUUUUGGUGGUGGAAUCGUCUCUAGCCAACUCGAGUUCUCAGUUUGCUUCCCAAAAAGAGGUUAGGUUGAUAUGGAGCCUGUGACUUCAGAGAUGGAACCGGUUCAGAUAAACAGUGCACCUAGGAGACCUCGUAUUCUGCUUGCAGCGAGUGGAAGUGUGGCUGCUAUUAAGUUUGCCAAUCUAUGUCGUUGUUUUUCUGAAUGGGCAGAAGUUAAAGCAGUUGCAACAAAACCUUCUCUUCAUUUCAUAGACAAAGCUUCACUUCCGAAAGAUGUCAUUCUUUAUACUGACGAGGAGGAAUGGUCCACUUGGAAGAAGAUUGGUGAUAGUGUGCUACACAUUGAGCUCCGCAGGUGGGCUGAUAUUAUGGUUAUUGCCCCUUUGUCAGCAAACACACUUGGGAAGAUUGCUGGUGGACUAUGUGAUAACUUGUUAACCUGCAUCGUACGAGCAUGGGACUACAAUAAACCCCUUUUUGUGGCACCAGCCAUGAAUACAUUGAUGUGGAAUAAUCCAUUCACAGAACGACACCUUAUGGUCAUUGAUGAGCUUGGAAUCUCUCUCAUACCACCAGUUUCAAAGAGACUAGCUUGUGGAGAUUAUGGAAAUGGAGCAAUGGCUGAACCCUCUCUCAUCUACUCAACUGUAAGACUCUUCUAUGAGUCACGGUCACAAUCAGGUGGCAUCAACAUGGCGUGAUCCACAGAUCAUUAAAUUUUAUUUGUUGGUUUGUACAAGUGAUAGAAAUUGUUGAAAUUCAGGAGCUGGAGCAAUGUUACUUAGCAUACACCAGUUGUGUUUAUUUUUCUCCUAAAUUUCAUCACCUACCUAGUGUCUGUUUGUAUCCAAGAGCUAACUUUCAAUCAAGGUUCACGUUCAUCCUAGUCAAUUGAAUGAGAAUAUUAUGCAACUCUA